AUGGCUUCAGAAAGCCAAAGCUGUUCAGACGAUAUGCUUACUAGUCACCGUUCCUAUGUAAAUACUGUAUAUGGUACAAAUUAUCAGUAUUCUUCAGACAACAUGAAAAAAAAGGAUAAAAAAAGAUUAAUAAUAGCAUCUGUAUUAUGUUUAAUGUUCAUGAUAGCUGAAGCGAUUGGAGGAAUUCUCUCGAACAGUCUUGCUCUGAUGACCGAUGCAGCACAUCUGCUGACCGAUUUUGGAGCUUUUCUGGUCAGCCUUACUUCCUUAUUUAUUGCUGGAAAGAAACGAACCCGAACUAUGACUUUCGGUUACCACAGAGCUGAAGUUAUUGGAGCUCUUGUAUCCAUUUUAUCUAUUUGGCUGCUAACUGGUAUUUUGUUUUAUGCAGCUAUUCAGAGAUUUAUAACUUUAAACUUUGAAAUAGAUGCUACUAUAAUGCUGAUUGUCGCGGCAAUUGGCAUGUUUGCAAAUAUUGUGCUUGCAAUAGUACUGUUAUUCCCUGACACCUUUAAAAAUAAUGGAAAUAUUGAAAAGAACUCAGUCCACAAUCGGCGUGGUAUUGCGUUAAGGUCUGCUUUUAUUCAUGUCUUAGGAGACUUUGUUCAUACAGCUGGUGUGUUUGUAGCUAGUCUGGUCAUUUAUUUUUAUCCUAAAUUGAAAAUAGCAGAUCCCAUCAUUACUAUUGUCUUCUCAAUUAUUAUAUUGGUUACCACUUUAACAAUUUUGAAAGAUAUCAUGUUAGUAUUAAUGGAAGGUGUUCCUAAACAUAUUUCAUUAACUGAAGUCCAUAAUGUCUUAUUUUCAAUUCCUGAGAUUUCUCAUAUUCAUGAUCUUAGAAUGUGGUCUUUGACUUUGGAAAAAGUUGCUUUGUCAGCUCAUGUUGUUAUUAAGAGUGGGACAAACUCUAAUGAAAUUCUAAAAAAAGCUACAGCAUUAAUCAAUGAAAAUAUUAAUGAUAUUUUUGAAAUAACACUGCAAAUUGAAGAAGAAUUAGAAGAAAAUUUGUGA